GAGCUCCCGGCGGUGUGGACCAUGGCUCCGCCCCUGGCGCCAGGCAGGGACUGUGGGGGCCGGGAGGAAGAGGACGCCGGGGAGGCGCGCGGGGACCGCAAGGCCCGGAAGCCCCUGGUGGAGAAGAAGCGGCGCGCACGGAUCAACGAGAGCCUGCAGGAGCUGCGGCUGCUGCUGGCGGGCGCCGAGGUGCAGGCCAAGCUGGAGAACGCCGAGGUGCUGGAGCUGACAGUGCGGCGCGUGCAGGGCGCGCUGCGGAGCCGGACGCGCGAGCGCGAGCAACUGCAGGCGGAAGCGAGUGAGCGCUUCGCUGCUGGCUACAUCCAAUGCAUGCACGAAGUGCACACGUUCGUGUCCACGUGUCAGGCCAUCGACGCCACCGUCUCAGCUGAGCUCCUGAACCACCUCCUGGAGUCCAUGCCGCUGCGCGACGGUUGCAGCUUCCGGGAUCUGCUGGGGGACGCUCUGGCCGGCCCGCCCGGAGCCCCCGGGAGAAAUGCCUGGCCCGUGGGAGGGGCCCCGGGAUCUCCACUGCCCAGCCCCCUAGGUCCUGGGGACGACCUAUGCUCCGACCUAGAGGAGGUCCUGGAAGCUGAACUAAGUCGGGCGCCUGCUGAGGGGCAGGACUUGGUGCCCACAGCCUUGGGCAGCCUCACUGUUCCCCGAAUAGCCCAGAGUGUCUGGAGACCUUGGUGACCAACACUAGCCAGGGACCUGUGGGGGUGGCCAUGGCCUUCCCAAGCUUUACUCCUUCCCUGGGGUUCAGAUGUAAUGGGGUAGGGCCCAGGGUGUGACACAAGUCUGCCCUCCCCCCUCCUCCAGUGGAUGGCUUUCAGGACAGCCCCUGAUAACCAACAGUCAGCCGGGCCCCUAGCCCUGUUUCUGGAGGGAGCUGCUUUCAUGGACCUACAGCUCUGAAUGAAGGGAGAGAAAAGCUACAGGGAGAAAGGGAGAAUCUUGGAGAUCUCCCAGGGCUCUCCCAGCCUUGUCAGGCACUGUAGGACCUUGGAGGCAGAGGAGGUCAGAGCAGUGUAAGCCUCUCCUCAGAGCUGAGCACGAGUGUCCAGGUAGCAACACUGAGGCCAUGGGAGCCUUGGCCUGAGUUGGCACUUCAGCCAGGAGACCAGGAGAGGCAAGCACAUUCUGCAGUGUCACUUGGAGCUGCUCUCUGUAAACCUUGUU